UCAGUCUGAGUCAUGGAUGAUCAUGUUGGAGCCUCUUGGCUUAAUGAGAACAAAUUGAUGCUGUUCAAUACUUCUCUAGAGAAUGAAAUUGACUUCAAAGUGGAAAGUUGGGAAGCUAAUCUGGACAGUCUUAUCAAUAAGUACAUUGUUUUUGAGGGUCAUAGUGUUUUCAGUGAAGUUCAGUUAUCAAAUGGCAAUGAUGUUCAAUCUCACAGUCAUGCUUAUCGAUCCCUCUUGCGUGCAGCUAUACAAGAGCUGGGACCAGAAAAUGAGGAUGACAAGAAACUUGUAGCUUUGUAUGAACUUGUUUGGUCAUUUUGUGAAGUUCUAUUCAUAGAACAUCUUCCCGGGGGUUGUGUGCUGCCUUACCUAAUGGAACUGAUGCAGUGGCAUUUCCCUCAACCAGUGGAAACUCUCAAUGAUGUUUUAACUUUUGAGGAGCCAAUGGAACACCCCAAAUUUUGGGAUUGUGUGGUAUCUCUUUUGUUUCAAGGACAAAUUAAUGAAGCAGUUGCAUUACUGAAAAUAACUCCAGAUGGUGGUGAGCUUACUUCAUUUCUGGAAAAAAUGCCAUUACUCAACAAUUUUAGUGGCCAUUCUCUAUCCGAAUUCAAGAUAUCUUGGUCGAUGUGGCAAGAGAAUUGUAAACAGAAUCUUGAGUCUGCUAAUUUUGUGCUUGAUGAAUCAUCUGAUAUACUGGAAAUUCUUUGUGGCAAUCUUGAUGUGUUUGUCAAGUAUAAAGACCUAGCACAAACCUGGUAUCAUCUCAUGACAUCCUAUUUACUUUACACCAUGCCAACAGUCACAGUGGUCACCUUGCAUCAUCAAGCUAAGGACAUGAUGGGUAUCUACAAAGAUUAUCUCAAUCCUCUUGAUGAGAUUCUUUUCUCUGCGAUGGAGUUUGAUGCUCAUUCAGUUCUUACUCAAUGUAUAACCCAGUUUAGAAAUAACUGGUGGCUUAGUGCCCAUCUUGCAGACAUACUAUACCAUGCAAAACAGCUUGAUGACACAGAACUCCAAUAUGGAUGUUCUCUUCGUGAGUAUACCCUCCUUCAUUACGCAUCUGAGCUUAUUUUCCAUGAAGAUUUUUGGAGCAUAGGUAUGGACUACUUUAUGGAAUGCAAAAAGUUAGGAAAAUCAUAUUUAGAGAUUGCUGUUCCAAGAAUUCCUUUGGAGAACCAAAACAAAGCUCUGAGAGUUUGGUCUGCCUGCGAAAAACAUGGCCUAGUCUCGAUUGGAUCAAAUGUGUGUAGAGUUAUGUCGUCAGCAGCAAAUCAAAGUGAUCAACUUGGAUUGGCCUUGAUUUGGAGUCUCCAAGCCAAAGAUCUGGUGAGUGUUACCAAAAUUUCGGAGACGAUUCUAGACAACUACAUUGAAACAGGAGGAUUCUCAAACCUAGACUUUUUGGACCAGUUGGGGAACAACAAAUUGUUGAGUAACCGUCUCAUGUUCCUUGGCAAGUACAGAGAGUUCCACAGCUUGAUUAAAACUCAGCAGCAGAAGAAAGCAGCUGAUUUGUUGGUAUCUCUGGUUGAGUCUAACCUGGGACCUCCCCGGUUUCAGAUAACGUUGUUGCUUGAUUCCCUUCCUCUCAUUAAUGACGUUGAUGAAACCUCUGAGAGCAGUGGCGUGGUUAUGGACUCAAGACAGACCCAUGUUUUACUUAAAGCAUUGGAAGACAUGCAGAUCAAGAAGUUGUUAAAAGAAUCUGAUAUGCAGAAAAUUGAAACCAUAAGAUUAGCCUUGGUCACUAAUUUAGCCUCCUCCUUUUUGAAUGAACCGUGGUAGUUUAUUCUUAUGCUGCACAUAAUAUUUUCCUUGACUAUUUCAAUAACUCUCACGUUCUAUCAAGUUUCUUUUGAUAAGUUGUGAAGUGCAUCAAACAAAGAUGAUUUGAAUUAGCUUUUUAGUAAGCUUUUGUAUAACAACCAAGGAUCAAGUAACGGUUCAUAAUUUUUAAAUAUAUUUAUUAUUUUUAAUUCUAUAGAUUAAACAUGUUUGUUUUUGAGUUUUUCAAUCUGACAAUAAUUUAAAUACCUUUAUUUGUGUCAACACAUA